AUGCUGCCAACGUCGACGGUCGGUCGGCUUGUGACUGCCUUCCUGCUGUUCACAGGCUCCGCAACAGCACGAAGAGCGCAUCAGCAUAUACGGAAGUUUCAGACGGCAGAGAUCGCUUCUCGGAUGCGAGACUACACUGGCCCUUACGACACCCUUUCAGCUGAGGCCGUUUGUACGGUCCCACGUGCACCCAGCAUCGAUGCACCCAAGAAGAAUGUCUGGGGGUUCUUGACCAGAGAUGAGAGGAAAGGCUUGAGGAAAUAUCUCGGCGAGUUAAACAAGAACCAUGCUUUUCCCAAUACGACCUUGGUGGACUUGGGCACAGCCGAGCUGAUGAUUCCAAACAAGACCGAUGUCCUAAGAUACCUUGACAACAAUGGUCCGGAGCCCGAACGCUACGCAAGUGUUGCGCUUUACGAAAACUUCGGAACAAAGAAAGGAUCUCCUCAGUACUCGACCAUCCUUGUGGGCCCAUUGUCGACACCGGACGACGUAAGCCAAAUGAGCUGGAGUCCUCUCACCUAUCCAUUCACCAAUUCGGGAAAGACCCGCAUGCUUCUGGGCAACAUGGACUAUCGUGCAUACAGGCAGUACGACAACCAAAUCACCGAGUGGAGUCAGUACUGGGGCAGCAGUACCGGAGCUUUCGAUUCGUACGAUCUGCUGCCACUAGGCCUAUUCUACGGUCUAAGAAUGGACAUAGAUGGUCAGGAUCCAGAGUCAUGGACCUUCAUUGGAUACUUGUACAACGGCGACUUUUACAAGACUGCGGAAGAGUUCCGAAAAGCAUACUUCUCUCCCGGAUUCGAGAAGUUGCCCGCGAAUAUUGACGGCCCGUGGACUCAUACUGAUCCGAAAGGCCCGGGCUUCCCAAUGGACAGACUGGCACCUCCGAUGCCCGUCGCUCAAGAAGCACGAUACUCUGUCGAUUAUAAGGAGCAGUAUAUUGAGUGGAUGGGCUUUAGCUUUUACCUCACAUUCCAGUACGAGACCGGAAUGACGAUGUAUGACAUCCGCUUCAAGGGCGAGAGGAUCAUCUACGAGCUCGGGAUUCAAGAGGCGCUCGCUCAUUACGCAGGCGCGGAUCCAGUUCAAAGCGGAACAUCUUACCUCGACUCUGCCUACGGCCUUGGAUAUGCCAACGAGCUCAUGCCGGGCUAUGACUGCCCUACUUAUGCUUCGUAUCUGAACAUCUCCAUCGCCGGCGGCUAUACGGCUAAGAGGGACGUCAAAGCGGCCUGCCUCUUCGAGUUCGAUGCCGACUACUCCAUUCAGCGACACGGCUAUGUGUCCAACACGAAGAACAUCUACUUUGUUGUACGCACAAUCACUACCGUUGGCAACUACGACUACUCUUUUAGUUACGAGUUCUACAUGGACGGCUCGAUUCAAGUAGUAGUGCGUGCUGCCGGCUACAUCCAGUCCGCGUUUUACGCAAAGAACGAAGACUACGGCUACCACAUCCACGAUGCUCUGUCUGGCAGCAUGCACGACCAUGUCCUCAAUUUCAAGCUCGACAUGGACAUUCUCGGCCAAGCCAACACGAUGGAACUGGUCACCGUCACACCAACAACGGAGGAGUACGUCUGGUCAGACCAACCUCGCAACACCAUGAAGCUUGUGCGGAAGGAUGUCACCUCGGAGGACGAGAGUAGACUGUUCUGGUCCCAAAAUGGCCAGACGCAGUAUCGGGUGGUGAAUAAGGACAAGCCGAACAAGUACGGCGAGUACCGCGGGUACCGCGUGCUUCCCAGUCAAGGGACAAUUCACCUUGCCGUCAACAACUCGAGCAAUCUGGCAAGGGCUGGCAACUGGGCGUACCAUGAUCUUCAGAUCACCAAGCAGAAGGACACUGAGCCGCGAUCUUCUAAUGCUAUGAACGGCGAGAACGUAUACGACCCGCUUGUCGACUUUGACACCUUUUUCGAUUCGGAGUCGCUUGAACAGGAGGAUCUCGUGCUCUGGUUGAAUCUCGGGAUGCAUCAUUUGCCACAUACUGGAGACCUCCCAAACACCGUCUUCACGACGGCUCACUCUGCGAUUUCUAUCGUGCCUUCUAAUUAUUUUCUCCGGGACCAAUCCCGUGACACCGUGAACAUGGUCAGGCUGGACUACAACUACAGGUCCGAGAAGACGACGGUGAAGUACUUCGGCCAGGCGCAGCAGAUCUGUAUGGCGAACCUGUCGGCGGUUGGGUACGGGUACUAG